GGAAACCGGCGUGACACCACCAGCACGCAAGUGCGCUGCGUCAGUCACAAGGUCCAGACGUGUGUGCUCCGCUUCCCUGCGUGGGUCAGGGCGUACCUCGCCUCCCCUUCUCUCCUUUUCCCAGCUCUCUGUAGUUCUCUGUGCGCUGUCCUGUGCUGCUCCCCUUUCCUCCCCUUUGGUCCUUUCCAUUACGGAGGAUUCAUGCUCAGCUCUCGCCCUUCUCGGUCGCCAUGCAGAACAACCACCAAAAGGAGCAUCUUUAUAAGAUUCUUGUAAUAGGGGACCUCGGGGUCGGCAAGACCAGCAUCAUCAAACGUUAUGUCCAUCACAACUUCAGCCCCAACUAUCGAGCCACUAUUGGAGUGGACUUCGCUCUCAAAGUUCUCAACUGGGACCAGGAGACGGUGCGCCUUCAGCUGUGGGACAUUGCAGGUCAGGAGAGGUUUGGAAACAUGACCCGUGUGUAUUACCGGGAGGCCAUGGGCGCAUUCAUCGUGUUCGACGUCACGAGGCCUGCCUCCUUUGAGGCCGUCACCAAAUGGAAGGAGGACUUGGAUUCCAAACUGACACUAGCUAAUGGGAAAAAUGUAGCCACUGUGCUUUUGGCUAACAAAUGUGACCAGGGUCGGGAAGUACUGACCAAUAACGGAAUAAAGAUGGAGCAGUUCUGCGAGGAGAACGGCUUUGUCGGAUGGUACGAGACGUCUGCUAAGGAGAACAUCAACAUUGAUGAAGCAGCAAACUGCUUGGUGAAACACAUCAUUGCCAGCGAGAACGACAUGCUCCAGUCAGAAGUGCCUGACACCAUUACCCCUCAGUUAGAGAAGGACAAAGGCGGGACAUGCUCCUCCUGCUUCAGAGCCCAGUAACACCUCCUCUUUUUUUUUUUUUUUGUCCCAUUACAACACAAAGUUCAGUUUGUCUGUGAGCAGGAGACCUUGGUGGAACUACGUCUGCUGUUUUUUUAUCCAAGCAUGCAUGGGUGCCAAUUGUUUUCUUGCCUGGUUGCUCAGGUGGGUGGGGGGGGGGUUGGUGUUGGGUUUGGUUAGGGGAAGCGGAUGACAUCUCGCUGAAGAAAUGGAUGGAAAUAAACCGAGACAGAAAGAGAGAUGGAUGCAGCUUUGUGCGCUUGUCAAAGGCAAGGUCACUCACUGGGUGACAUCGAGCCUUGACACUGCCACUUCAGUUACCAUGGAGACACAGUUAAUGAACACAUGCUCAAAGAGAUUGCAGCAAAUCACACUAUAUCUGCUCUUCAGGUCCAUGAAGGUUUCUCUGUUUACACACCAUGUUAGCUGUCUGUCAGUCUCGCUCCUCCUUUCUCUCUUUGUUGUCUCGUUCUUUUCUUCCUUUUCUCAGUUUUUCUCUUUCUGAGUCGGUAUCUUCCUGUUUGUUUGUCCUCAUCCCUCCCGUACAGCACUAGUUUAGUUCUUCACAUGUCAUCCUGGGCUUAUACUUGGGCAAAAAGCACAUUUAUAGCUCUUAAUUCAAUGGUUUUAUAUUAAAUUUAUACUCCAUUGUUCAAUAUUUGUAAUAUUUGUAAUUAUGGAAUAAAUGCAUAUAUAUAUAUAUACAUAUAUAUAUGCAGUAUAUGUAUACAAACAUGUACAUAUUAUUUUCAGUAUAUUGUGACAGAUUAUAGAACCAAAGAUGUAUCCAAUUUUCAACGUGUUCAUAUGAAUAAACCAUAGCUUUACUGACA